AUGCCGCAAAAGGAUGUCUUUGCAUGGACAUCCAUGCUCUUGGCAUAUGCCCGAACUGGGCAUGUUCUCAAUGCCCAAAAAACAUUUGAUGAGAUGCCGCAACACAGCCUUCUCUCAUGGAACGCAAUCCUGUCUGUCCACGCACAUAGCUGGGAUCUAAAAAAUUCCCAGAGGAUUAUCUCCGGAAUGCCCGAGUAUGAUCUCGUGUCUUGGAAUUCCAUUCUUGCGGCAUAUGCCCGGAACGGGCAUGUAGAGGGAGCGAAACGUGUUUUCGAUUCUAUGGAGGCUCGUGACCUUGUGUCAUGGACGACAAUCUUGGUUGCCUUGUCGCAGGGCGGAGAUUUGCACGGAGCAAAGCUUUUGUUUGAUGCAAUGCCGCAGCACGAUCUCGUCGCCUGGACCGCGAUGCUUGGCGCGUACGCACUGAACGAGGAUGUCGAUUCGACACAGAGGAUUUUCCGCGAGAUGCCUGAGAUAGAUCUCGUUUCGUGCAACACCGUGAUGCGAUGCUGCGUGAUGCUAGACAAUCAAAGCUUAUAUUUGACUCCAUGCCGCAGAGAGCUCUCUCACUUGGAGCCUGUGAAGGCCACCUUUGAUCAAAUGCCGCAGCGAGACCUGUGCUCUUGGAACUCUGUUCUUUCGGUGUAUGCCCAAUCAGGGCAUUGUGACUUUGCUCUUAGACUCUUUAACGAGAUGCCCGAAAUGGAUAUGGUUUCGUGGAACACAAUGUUAAAUGCGUUUGUUCUAACUAGCAAACUACGUGAAGCUGCUUUACUCUUUCAUAGCAUGCUAGAACGCAACGUUGUGACCUGGGAUGCUUUAAUAUCUGCAUUUUCCCGAGAAGGCCAUAUUGUAUACGCAAGGAAACUUUUUGAUACAGCCCCUGACAGAGACCAAAUCUUGUGGAGCUCCAUGAUAGCUUCAUAUGCACAAGUAAGCACCACUGCCAGCAAGGCCUUUCAUCUCUUCAACGAAAUGCAGGCCGUCGAUUCCCCAAACACAUCGUGCUUCGCAUCCAUCCUGGCCGCAAACAGCCACAAAGGCAGCUUUCAAGCGGGAAAGAGCUUCUUCGCUUCCAUGGUUGUGGAUCACGCCAUUGAGCCCACAAGGCAGCACUACAGUUGCAUGGUAGAUCUCUUGAGCCGAGCCGGCCACCUUCACGACGCCAAAGAUCUAAUCUUAAGCAUGCCGUUCGUUCCCAGUGCUCUCGAGUGGACGUGCCUUCUCGGAGCAUGCAAGAGCCACGAGGAUUAUAACAGUCUUAGACUGGGAGACGAUGUAGUGAGAUCUGUAAUGGAUGUAACCGACGCAACUCCCAAGACACCCUAUGCUUUACUAGCGAACGUCUACACAAGCUCCCAAACAAAAAAUCCACACUAUAUGUAA